CACAAAGAGUUUUAAUUUGCUGUUGGCUGUUGAGCGCAAACGUCACCAACUUUCACUGAAAACGAAACUGAGUUUUGGAAAGCAUCUAAAGAGAAGGAGGCGGAUUCCCCCCGUCAUUAAAGAAACGAGUUUUUAUCUGGAUUGGGCACAUUGCCCCAGCACCAACACCUGCGACACAUGGGAAGGAUUAAACGCUAAGCAUCAGUCUAAAAACAGCAAGGAUACCUAAUUGCCAGUAUAGCCCAAGUUAGCAUCAGAAUAUGGAUUAAUGAGAGGCUGAAUUUGGAGGCAUGCAUGAGUCUCUGAUGUGUUUUCCUCAACUGUGAGGUACCGGUAUUCCGUGUCAUUAUGAGUCUCUCUGGGCCAUCCAGCUCUCAAGACACAGAGGCCAGGGAGCAGGAGAGAUCUCAUUCAUCUGUGCUGAGCUGUAUUUCUGCCAAGAGUGACCGCUCAAUGGACCUGAUAUCCAACUUCAGGCAAAAUUCUCUGGGACCCCAAUCAGGUGGACGACAACAGAUUUCAGCUCAAAACAUGGAGCAGGAGAGAUCUCAUUCACCUGUGCUGAGCUGUGUUUCUGCCAAGAGUGACCACUCAAUGGACCUGCCAUCCAACUUCAGGCAAAAUUCUCUGGGACCCCAAUCAGGUGGACAACAACAGAUUUCAGCUGAAAGCAUGGAGCAGGAGAGAUCUCAUUCACCUGUGCUGAGCUGUGUUUCUGCCAAGAGUGACCGCUCAAUGGACCUGCCAUCCAACUUCAGGCAAAAUUCUCUGGCACCCCAAUCAGGUGGACAACAACAGAUUUCAGCUCAAAGCAUAAACACACAUCAACUUGAAGAUCAUGAAGAUCUGAAGAUGCUCCUGAAGAGGAAGUUUGAGUAUGUAAAUGAAGGCCAAGCAGAGUCAGGAUGUCUGCUUAGUGAUAUCUAUACCGAGCUCUACGUCACAGAGGGCAUGGGUGGAGAUGUGAACACUGAACACGAGAUCAGACAAAUCGAGAUGCUGUCAAAGAGAUCUACACUAACAGACACACCAGUCCACUGCAGCGACAUCUUUAGACUCACAUCCAAAACAGACGCACAUGUCAGAGCUGUGCUGACGAGAGGAAUCGCUGGUAUUGGCAAGACCAUCACCGUGCAGAAGUUCAUCUUGGACUGGGCUGAGGGACGAGCCAAUCAGGACGUCCAUCUGUUGCUCCCGCUGCCCUUCCGGGAGCUCAACCUGCUGAUGGAGAGUAAGCACAGCCUGGUUACCCUUGUGGAACACUUCACCACACAAAAAAGCGCCUUGCAGCUCUGCAACGCUGACAAAUGCAAAAUCAUCUUUAUCUUUGACGGCCUGGACGAGUGUCGACUUCCCCUGAGAUUCUGUGAGAACUCGGCGGUGUGUGAUGUCACAGAGGCCUGCUCUGUGGACGCUCUCUUGACGAGCCUGAUGAAGGGCGCACUGCUCCCCUCCGCGCUCCUCUGGGUGACUUCUCGACCAGGAGCCGCCAACAAGAUCCCCCCUGAGUAUGUGCACCUCCUGACGGAGAUCCGUGGCUUCAGCGAUGCUCAGAAGGAGCAGUACUUCAGGAAGAAGAUAUCUGAGCCAAAUUUGUGCAGGGAGGUGGUUUCACAUGUGAAGGCGUCACGGAGCCUCUACAUCAUGUGUCACAUUCCAGUCUUCUGCUGGAUCUCCGCCAUUGUUCUACAGCGAAUACUCUCAGAUGCAAAUGCAAGGGAGAUUCCCAAAACUCUCACUGAGAUGUACACUCACUUCCUAAUCACUCAGUCAAACACCAGAAAUGAGAAAUAUGCAGUUGUCUCUGGGCUUCUAGACAGGGAAAUGGUUCUCAAACUAGGCAAACUGGCCUUUCAACAGCUGGAGAUGGGUAACCUGAUCUUCUAUGAAAGAGACCUGGCAGAUUGUGGGAUUGAUGCUGAAGAGGCGUCAGUGUACUCGGGAGUCUGUACACAAAUCUUCAGAGAGGAGCUCCCGUUGCACCAUGGCAAGGUCUACUGCUUCGUCCACCUCAGCAUUCAGGAGUUCCUUGCUGCUUUGUUCCUGUUUGUCUCUUUCGCCAGUCGUGGAUCAUAUGUUGCAGAUCAGUGUGUCCGACAUCUCUGUGAUGCGGAGAACUUGUCUGAUCUCGAAAGGCACAUGGUGGACAAGGCUCUGCAGAGUAAGAAUGGACAACUGGAUCUGUUCCUCCGCUUCCUGUUGGGCCUCUCUCUGGAAGCCACUCAGGGGCUCCUGCGAUGCCUUAUCCCCCAGCUAAGCCCCUGCCGUCUGGGCAGCGGGGACCAGACGGUCAGAUACAUCAAGCAAAAGAUCAGGAAGAAUGCAGGCACAGAGAAGACCAUCAACCUCUUCUACUGCCUGAGGGAGUUGAAAGAUCCCUCACUGGAGAAGGAGAUCCAAAGUUACCUGAGCACGGGGUGUUUGUCCGGGGUGUGUCUGUCGCCCGCACAGUGGUCGGCGCUGGUUUUUGUGCUGCUGACCUCUGAGGAGGGGGAGCUGGAGGAGUUUGACUUGAAGAAGUACACCCGGUCAGAGGAGUGUCUGCUCAGCCUGCUGCCCUGUGUCAAAGCGUCCAGAACAUCCCUGUUGAAUAAAUGCAACCUGACUGACGAGUGUUGCCCAGCAUUGGCCUCUGUGCUGCGUUCAACCACUUCCUGUCUGAGAGAGCUGGACCUGAGCAUGAACAAGCUGUACGACUCAGGAGUGGAGCAGCUCUGUUCUGGCCUGCUGGACCCACACUGUAAACUGGAGACACUGAGGUUGCUGGAUUGCGGACUGACAGAAGAAGCAUUUUCUCUUGUGGCUUCGGCCCUGAGAUCUAACCCCUACCACCUGAGACUGUUGGAUCUGGGCAAGAAUAUGCCUGGAGAGUCGGGAAUCAAGCGACUGUGCUCUGUGUUCGUAGAGGAACCUCAGUGUGUGCUGGAGAUCCUGAUGAUUGCAAGGUGUGCUGUUAAAGAAGAGGACUGUAUGUGUUUAGCCACUGUUCUGGGAUCAGACACAUCCCGACUGAAAGUGCUCGAUCUGAGUCUGAAUGAGCCAGAGGACACAGGUGUGAAGCUGCUCUCUGAUGCCCUUCAGCACAGCAAACUCCAGUCAUUAAAACUAAGGAACUGUAAUCUGACCGAGACAAGCUGCGAGGCUCUGGCCAUGGCCUUGUCCUCAGAGAUGUGUAGCCUGGCAAAGCUGGACUUAAAGGAAAAUGAUUUAAAGGAUUCAGGCAUAAAGCAGAUGUGUUCUGCCAUUAAGGCUCUGCAGUGUAAACUGAGUCUGCUGUGCCUUUCAGACUGUAGAAUCACAGAAGUGGGGAUCCGUGCUUUGGCCUCGGCUCUGAGAUCAAACCCAAGUCACCUGCGAGACCUUGAUCUCAGUCGUAAUGAUCUUGGAGACACAGGGCUGGAGGAGCUCUCCUUAUUCCUGCAGGAGCCAGGGUGCAGACUGGAAAACCUCAAUCUGUGUGAUUGUGACCUGACAGAGGAGAGCUGCUCCGCUCUGGCCUCUGCCCUCACCUCCGACUCCUCGGCUCUCAGAGAGCUGGACUUGAGCCGCAACCCGCUGGGAGAUUCAGGAGCCACAGAGCUCUCUGGUGCUAUAGCUCAUCCACACUGCCAUCUGGAGAAGCUCAGACUGGUUGGCUGUGAGAUCGGAGAAGAAGGUGGUACAUCUCUGGCCUUGGCCCUUGGGUCAAACGGUUCAGACCUGCGGUCUCUGGACCUGAGUGGAAACCUACUGGGAGACGUUGUCAUGAAACCUCUGUCUACUGCACUUAGAGAUUCAGGGUGUAAACUCAAGAGCUUAAGCAUAUCGGAGUGUGGUAUCACAGGAGAGGGUUGCGUUCCACUGGCUGAAGCACUGAGCUCUGGAACGUCCCACCUCAAAAAACUGGAUAUGACCGGAAACAAACUACGGCAAGAGGGAGUACGUCUCCUCUCAGCCCACAGAUCAACACUCAAGUCUCUCCUGUUGUCUGAGGUGCGCCCUAAGUAUAAGGACAUUGAAUCUCUGGCCGUGGCCCUGAGAGGAGGGGAGCUGCGAGAGCUGGAUCUGAGUCAUAAGGAGCUGGAUGAUUCAGGCCUAGAGAUCAUCGCCAAGGCCCUGAGGACGCCUGAUUGCAGACUGGAGACCCUCAGGUUGUACAAUAAUAAGAUCAGCAGUGCUGGCUGUGUCGCCAUGGUGUCCACCCUGAGGGAGAAUCCUCAGCACCUGCUGGAGCUGGACCUGAGUGGAAAUGAGCCUGGAGAUGACGGUGUGGAGCUGCUCGCCUCUGCCCUCAGAGAACAGCACUGCCGACUACACACACUCAAGUUGAAUGAGUGUAACUUGACGAAGAGCAGUUGUGCAGCUGUGGCCUCUGUUCUCAAGGGCUCCCAUCUUAAAGAGCUGGCACUGAGUCAUAACAACCUCGGUGACUCUGGAGUGAAGCUUCUGUCUGAGGAAUUACAGCAUGCCACCUGCACACUGGAGGCUCUCAGUCUGGCUAGCUGUGGCGUCACACAGGAGGGAUGUGCUUGUCUGGCCUCAGCUCUGAGGUCAAACCCUGGACACCUACAGCAGCUGGACCUGACUGGUAAUGCUCUGGGUGACCAGGGCAGGGCGCUGUUACUCUCUCUGCAGCAGGAUCCAGGCUAUAGGUUGGACAAACUCAGCCUCUAGAGGGCAAUCUUUUCCCUAAGAAAUGAGAAGAAAGAUGGUCCAUCCUAACUAAACCACAGAAGUGGGUUCCAGAAGACCCCAACCUCUCAUCUCACCAAGGAAGAUACAUGGAGGAUACACAAAAUAAGAUCCCAGACAUAAACUGCUGGUCAUUCUACGCAACUGAUCAUUUGGCCUUUUUCUUAAUGUGACUACGGUGCCUAUCCUCAUCAUUGUUGUCAAGUCAAGUCAAGUCAAGUCAAGUUUAUUUAUAUAGCACAUUUCAUACACAGAGGUCAUUCAAUGUGCUUUACAU